CUUUCGGGAAUCAAAGUUCACUCAAGAUAAGAUUUUAUCUCGCUGGACUCAAACUCCAAACCACCUUCAUUUUGCAGUUACGAUCCUCUGGAGGCAGAGUUGUAAUAGUUUUGCUGAUUCACACAAUGGCCACCCCACUGUCUCCUGCUCCGAGUACCGCGCUCAAUUUUUCCACACCGCCAACCAGCCAUCGGAACGACAAGUACGAGGUGUGCACCUAUACCACGCACUCCACCAUCGAAGACCCCGAAAGUGAAGAAGGCGAUAGCUCUCCAUUCAUGUCGCAGGUCAAGGAUGAUCAAGAGAACCCCUCUGUUGCCAGAGCGCGACCGGGUUCCCGUAUCCUCUCUGGCACCGAGUUGUCGCCCCUGAAGAUCCUCCAGGACAGGCAACAACAGCAGCAGCACCAGCAGCAGCAGCAGCAGCAAGAUCAACAGCAGCAGCAGCAACAACAACAGACAUCUCCAGCCGGAAACAAUAUACGCACAUCCUCUAUAAUCAUGCCACCUCCUUCCACGCCAAGGAGUCCCCGAAAGUUAUUUUCCCCCGAUAGGCGGUUUCCCAUCAAGGUCAACGCCGCCUACACCCCAGCUUCAUUCUCAGCCUCCGCCUCUACCUCAGUCUCCGAAGCCACACCCCGUGCCUCCGAAGCCACACCCCAUGCCUCCGAAGCAACAGCCCGUGCCUCCGAAGCAACACCUCGUGCCUCCGAAGCAACACCUCGUGCCAGCCGCCCAAGCCAUGAGAGGCAGAUGAGCCUUGAGGACGUCAUGCGGGAGAAUGAGGGCCUCAAGCACGCGAUUGGCAUCUUCGAGGACGAGGCCAGUGUCCUGGAGAGCGGCGGCGGCGACCCUAUCGCCGACGCAGAAGACAAUACGAUUGGCAUCGAUGCACAUGAUGAGCGGCCAUACGAUGACGAGAGGGCGUAUGACGACGAGCAAGCAGGCGCGGACGAUACCAUGAUGAGCACCUUCAGCACGUUUUCUGCCGUGCCUAACCUGACCAUGCUGGCACAUAUGCGAUCCAACAGCCCUACCAAGCUUUCCAACUUUGGAGGGACGACGCCACGGGCAAAGGCAGGCCCGACACCCUCUCGAACACCACAAGCUGGUCCGCUUCCCAAUCGGUCGGCGCAGUACGACUAUUCCGGAAACACGACGAGCCUGAUGGACUUCACCGAGCAGUUCAGAACCGGUACCUACCAACCCCAACCCCAAUCACCCUCCCGGAGAGGCAACGCCGCCUCACAUUCCAACGUCGCGGCCACCCCCCAGCGGAGCAGCAUGGUCAACCUCCUCGACUUCGACAUACCGCCGCUGCCCACCCCGCGCAGCAUUCCCACCAUCACGCCGCGCGAGCUCGAGUCGCUCAAGUCGGGCUUCCUCUCCGAGAUCAGCAGCCUCAAGGCGUCGCUCAGCGGCAAGGAGGCCGAGGUGUCGUCGCUCAAGUCGGCCGUGGGCGACGCCGAGAAGCGGGUGGGCGAGUGCCUGGAGCAGCUGCGCGAAUCGAGCGGCGAGCGCGAGGCGCUCGCGGCGGAGCGCGAGGGCUGGGAGCGGCGCGGGCGCGAGAUGGAGGCGGUGCUGCGCAAGGUCAAGGGGGAGAUUGUGCUGGGCCACCGCGAGCGCGAGGAGCUCGAGGCCAAGCUCGACGAGGCCGACAAGAGGCGCGAGGCCGCCGAGAUGAUGGCCCAGGAGGCCGAGAGCAAGAUGGCCGGCAUGCGCGCGGGUAAGGCCAGCGCCGAAGCCGCGGCCGCGGCGGGGGGUUCGUCGACGCCGGACAGGAUCAGGAGCCCCGGCGCGGCCGGCGGGUCCAACAAGGAGGUCGAGAUCGCGGUCGAGAGGGUGGCGCGGGAGCUGCACGCGCUGUACAAGGGCAAGCAUGAGACCAAGGUGGCGGCGCUCAAGAAGAGCUACGAGAACAGGUGGGAGAAGAAGGUGCGCGAGCUCGAGGCGCGGGUGGAGGAGCUGGCGCGCGAGAACGAGGAGCUCCGGCUCGGGCGCGACGCCACCAUGACGCGGGUCGACCCGGCCCGGCUGAUGGAGCUGGAGGGGGAGCUCAAGGCCGACCGGGCGCGCGACGCGGCGCAGAUCAGGGAGCUCGAGGCCGAGGUGGAGAAGCUCGAGGCCAUGGCCGGUACGGUCAGGCGCGACAACGCCGACCUGCGCCGCAUGCUGGAGAAGGAGCGCGUCGAGAAGGGCGAGCUCGUCAUCCUCGCCGAGGAGAUGAUGAGCAUCCAGCAGCAACAGAGCUUCGCCGCGAACACCAACGCCGCGGCGGCGGCGGCAGCAGCAGCCGCCGCCGCGGACGCCGACGACGACGACUGCGAUGUCGCGAUAGCCGCGGCGACGGCUGCGAACGCGAGCACCAGGCGGCCGGCGCGGACCUCGCUGUCUUCCUCCUCCUCUACCUCCACCUCCUCCGGUGCGCGGGUUCCCCCCUCGCCCGCGCGGUCGGCGGCGGGCGGCGGGGAGGGCGGUAGCUUCAGGAACAGCAUGUCCGGGCGGCCGUCGGGCCUGCGGGCGCCCGGUGGGAUACCCAGCGGGCUGGCGCGGGCAGCGGGGGAGAGCCGGAUCGGGAGGAUGGCGCAGCACGAGAGGACGAGGAGCUCGGGGUCCGGGACCGGGGGCGGGUCGGCGAGGCCGGGCAGCGGGAUGGGUGUGAGGAGCGGGAUUAUGAGCUCGAUUGAGAAGAUGGGUAGCUAUCGGAGGGGAGAGUGAAGGGUUGUUCAUCUUUUCUUCCUCUUCUUCUUGAUUUGGGACGGUGCCCCUCUCUCAUGGCAUUUGUGGUCUUGGGACGGGGGCGCGAGGAAGAAGAGGAAGGGGUUGACACUGCCGGUAUCCUUGGUUACCCUCAUUCGGCCUCGUGGGACCUUGGAUGUCGUUCAGACUCUUCCCCGAGUUUUGUUCUUUUUUCCUCUUCCUUUUCUGAUUGCAUGAUGUUUUACUGUUUCUGUUUGGGAUCAAGGAGCCUGACAUCAAGAGGCGUACGAGUAAUGCUGUUAUGUCGAAUUUAUUCAUCUGAUAGGAAGUCUAGUGUCUGUAGCCAGCUUGACGACCUAAUGGCAAGAUGACUCUACUCAUAGCCUCGGUUUGAGUUUGGGAUACCUCCUUUCUGCUAUGGGGGCCAGGGUGUGAGUAUGCUACUAGACUAUGG